AUGUCGUCCAACUCCGUCGCGCGCGCGCUGGUGAAUUUGGACCAGUUUCGAGUGGUGUCGCGGGACCUGACAAAGGGAACCUUCACUGGGGGCAUCUUUACUGCGGUAGCUUAUGCCGUGCUGCUCCUUCUGCUCAUCGCCGAGCUCGGUGCGUUCAUUAGGAAAAACUACCAGACGAAUAUCGUCAUGGACCAAAACAAUGAUGAAUUGAUUCAGAUCAAUUUUGACAUUUUGAUGUACGACUUGCCGUGCAGGUAUCUGAAGAUUGGUGUGUGGGACAAGUUCGGCGAGGAGAAAAUCAACAGUACGGAUCAGCCGUGUCCUCUGGAAUUGGUUCCCACGCUGUCGAAGUUUUUUUGGGUUAGUCUGAGGGUUUUUGGAUGA